AUGGGUUUUUCAAUUGAAGUAUGUGGAGGUAACGUCGUAACAUUAACUAUUAACCCCUCUAGGUCAAAGAUAUCGUUCAAAAUCACUCUAACUUCAGAUCCUAAUUUACCUUUCAAGGUACUAAAGGUUCCUGAAAACGCACCAUUUACUGCCGUCUUGAAGUUUGCUGCUGAAGAAUUUAGCGUACCAGCAGCAACAAGCGCUAUUAUCACAGAUGAUGGGAUCGGUAUAAAUCCUCAACAAACAGCAGUUUUAUUGACUCAAAGCCGUUGUCAAUGACUACCAGAUUAACAUCACGAAAAGAAGGUGGAUUAUUCGUAUAUUUAUUUUUAUGCUUCAACACUAUUAACUCAUUUAUGACAAUAUUUUUAUUCUUUAUAACAAAGAUCAUUUGUUCAUUAAAUUUUUUUCAUUGUUCUUAUUAUCAUUAUUUGUUAUCGACUGAUACCAGUUUUGUUAAGUGAUAUUGUUUACUUAAUUUCUAUUGGUCAUUAACGAUACUUCUUAAAUUUAAAUAAACAAUGAACGUUGUAAACAUAUUCAAAAUGAAUAAAACAAAAGCAUUAAUGUUCUUUUCUCUCGAAGUAUUAUCAUACUAUUGUUUGAACAUAGAGCAAAUAUACUGUGGUGUGUGCUACUUAUGUCGACAUAAAUAGUAUACAACAUUAGUCAGGAAUAGAAUAUCUGGCAUCAGAAGAUCGAGGAAGAAAGGACGGAAACGGAAAUCAAGUGGUUUGGAAAUGCAGGAACAAUGAAGUCUGAAACAAUGAACAUUUUGCAAAUGAAUAUUUACUAUAUGGUUCUCAGAUU